AGAGAGAGAGAGAGAGAGAGAGAGAGUAAGAAAUCUGAUGGGGAAGAGAAAAGAGCGUCGUUUCGCCGCCAUGAAUAGCACCGGCCGUCGUGUCAAGCUUGAUCUCUUUGCGGAACCCUCUGGAGAUUUGGGUGGCUCAGAUGUGCGUGAUGGAGUUAAGCGGGAAGUACAAACAGAGCCUAAUGAGUUACCCAAUUCACCUUCUUCUUCAGGUGGGUUCCAUUCCAUCAGCUAUCUUCAAAACCUGCUAUGUAGCCAACGCCCAUAAAGUGCUCCCACAUGUUAAUCCUGCAAAAAAGAAAAAUUUGGGAAAAAUUCUUAUUUGUGUUCCAACACACAUGUUAUGUUUUGUUUGUCCUCUAUAAUUCUUCUCAGAGUAGAGUGGUCUUGAGGACAUCGUGUGACAUCUCAAGUUCAGGCCAAGACACUGUGAUUUUUUGAAUGAGUUGCUCUAUUUUGCAGCUUCAAGCUUUUCUGGGGACUUUCUUCUGGACUUAGCUCCCUAGCGGUUUGUAUGUCUCUGGCUGUUUUUGGCUUGCUACGCUUAACUGAUGGCUUUGUCAUUUAUUGUGACAGGUCAGAAAACAGAAAACCCUUUGAUUUUACUUGGGCAGUAUAGUGAUGAUGAGGUGGAAGAAGAUGCCACUGCAGAUAGUUCCUUAGCCAAUAAAAAUGAGCAGGUUGAUGGAUUAAUUCAAGAAGGAUCCAAAGAUACAAAUACUGAAUCAGGUGCAGACACCAGUAUGCAAAUGGCUGACCAACAGCAGACAGGGGAGGAUUCUUCUGCACAUGAUUUUAGAGCUGAAGGAGAAAGUGGUUUUGACACAGUGACUAACUCAGCAAUCUCGGAUGGAUUAAACAAGCAGACAGUUCCCUCAGUUCAAGCAUCUGGCAGCGUGUCUUUGGAGCACCAUGCUCCCACAGAUGUUACUUCGCAGUGGAAGAUGAUUUUGCAUGAGGAGAGCAAUCAGUAUUACUACUGGAAUACAGAAACUGGGGAAACUUCGUGGGAAAUUCCUGCAGUUUUGACUCAAACUGCCAGUGCAUAUGGGACAGGCUACAAUGAGUUUGGGCCCAUGGUUACAGAUGUGUCCACCUUGAUUUCUGGUGUUGAACCAAGUUAUUUGCUACCCGUGCAAAAUAGUUUCACAGGAACUGACUGUUCAACUUUUCCAACUGUUGCGCUGGAGGAGAGAAACAAAAGUGAAGAUCUAUAUGUCAAGAGUUUAAGAACUGAUGGUCAUCAUGUUGAAUCUGUUGUUAAUACCCAACCAUGUCAGGAGGACCUUGCAAGGCCAGAAAAUUCAGAUCAUGUGCAUACUAACUUUGAUACAGAAACGGCUACUGACCUCCCAUCUCGCUUGUUGAGUCAAAGCGAAGGCUUACUGGAGAAGCUGAGGUCUCUGAAGAGGUCGCAUGGCAACUUUCACAGCAAUGAGCAGAUAUCAAAGUACAUUCUGGAGGUUGAAGUCAGACAUUCUGAUAUAAAGGCGCUCAUAUUGGAUACCUCACCUUUACUUUCUUUUUGGCUUCACACUGAUAAACAACUUAAGCGUCUCGAAGACAGUGUAAACGAUGAGAUUUACCAGCUUGCCAAGUCUGCAGUAAUGGAUGAAAUUGCAGAGACGAACAAAAGCCCUCCCAGAGAAAAGUUGGUAGCAGAUGCUAAUACAGAAAGUGAAUCCGAGGACAGUGGGAGAGAAGGAGAGUUUGGCCAGUCUGGAAAAUCUCUUCAUUCAGAUGAAUCAGCUGAUGUGAGCGGCGAUGGAUCUCCUAAACACUCCCAAAGUCAUCCAGCUGGGCAGUCUGAUAUUACUCCUUCAACUGAAAAGGUUGGCUCCCCAGAUGUUGAAGAUAUUGACAUGGAUGUUGAUAUGGAGGUUGAAGAAUCAGUUCCAGUGUCUUAUGUUCAAGUGAUAGAUGCUUCUGAUGGUAAGAUGUUCACAGAGCCAUUAAACCUUCAUGCAGAUGUUCCACCACCUCCGGGUGAGGAAUGGAUUCCGCCACCGCCGUCUGAGAGUGAAGAUGUUCCUCUACCGCCACCAGACAGUUAUAGUGAACCAAUUCCUCCACCACCUGAAAAUGGCGAUGUUCCUCCAUCUUUAUCCAGUAACUCUCUGGGAGUUCCCUACAGCGUACCUCAAUCUUAUAUGCAGCAAUCUUCUGAUUAUGCGACACAAUACAGCUUAUCUUAUCCAGAGUCCAAUUAUCAGUAUAUUGGCAAUGCUGUUGCUCUAGAUCCUAACACUCAGUUCUAUGGCCAUGUUGACGGAUCCCAAGUUUCUCUUCCGUCGACAUUUUAUUAUGAAACUGUUCCUGGUACAAGUGAAGUUGCUCCUGCAGCUGCCAGUGCCAGUGAAGCUUAUUACAAUUUCAAUGGUGCAGCUCCGCUGUUUCCUGUCAUUAGCUCUGGGCAGUCCUCGCUGCAUCACAGUGGAGUUGCUUCUGCUAAUUACAACAUUCCAAGCAAUUCUUCUACAGUUGCAGUGCCUAGUUCAAGAUCCAGCGACUCCGCUGAGGUUGCAUCUUUGGGAACUGCUUCUCAAUCCACAGACGUUACAGGUGGAUCGUCUCUGUUAGCAAAAGGUCAAACCAAAGUGAAACGGCCUAAAAAGCGGACAGUAGGUGCUACUACAUCCACAUUGAGGUCAAAUAAAAAGGUUUCGAGUUUGGUUGACAAGUGGAAAGCUGCGAAAGAGGAGCUAAACGAUAGUGAAGAAGAAGAUGAUGAUUACGGAAUCCUAGAUAGAAAAAGACAACGAGAAAUCGAAGAAUGGAAAUCCCGACAAAUUGCGAGUGGAGAGGCUAAAGACAACGCAAAUUUCCAACCCAUCGUUGGUGACUGGCGAGAGAAAGUGAAACGGAAGAAAGAACGAGCCGAGAAGUCUCAGAGGAAAGCUGACGAGAAUUCUCAAAAGAAGGCUGACGAGAAGCAGCAAAAACCUGAUCUAACCAAACUCUCAGCAAAUCUUCCCUCUGGAUGGCAGGCGUACUGGGACGAAUCUACCAAAAAAGUUUACUAUGGGAAUACAAGUUCAUCUCAAACUAGUUGGACACGACCGACUACCUGAAUCUCGACUGCUUUCUCGACCCAAUUUUUACAAUUUUGUCUGAGAUACAUUAGUUUGAGAUUUUCUUCUCUUAUCAUUAUGUAAAUUUACUACAGAGCUAGUGUUGUACUAUUUCCCAAUGCUAACGUAAUAUUUUAUUAUAAUUUUUUCUC